UUUGCGCAUGCGCAGCAGCGGAGCAGCCUCGGUCCGGUCAGUGACUCCCCAUCAGGACUCCGGCUCGAGUUUUACUCAGUCUGCCUUAGAAAACACAGCAGAAAUGGGAAACUGUCAGCCAACGAUUUUUCCAUACGAAGACUUCGAUGUUGUGGCUGAUAUCAAGGCUAUCCGCAAAGCCUGCAAAGGCUUAGGCACUGAUGAGCAAGCCAUCAUCGACAUCCUGGCCAACCGCUCAGCUGCUCAAAGACUGGAGAUAAAGCAUGCAUACUUUGAAAAAUAUGAUGAUGAGCUGGUGGAGGUGCUGAAGAGCGAGCUCUCGGGAAGCUUUGAGAAGGCCAUCCUGGCCAUGCUGGACCCGCCUCACGUGUUCGCCGUCAAGGAGCUGCGCAAGGCCAUGAAGGGAGCCGGCACUGACGAGGAUGUACUGGUGGAGAUCCUGUGUUCCGCCACUAAUGCUGAGAUCGCCACUUACAAAGAAACCUACUUCCACGUGCAUGAAAGGGAUCUGGAGGCGGAUGUUUCUGGAGACACCAGUGGUCAUGUCCAGAGGCUGCUGACCAUGCUGCUUCAGGGCAAUCGAGAUGAGGGCUACGAGGUGGACGAGGGUCUGGCUGAACAAGACGCCGUAUCACUGUUUGAGGCUGGAGAGGCCCGCUUUGGCACUGAUGAGUCUACCUUCAGCUACAUUCUGGCCUCCAGGAACUACCUGCAGCUACAGGUCACCUUCAAAGCCUACGAAGCCAUUUCUGGGACGGAUAUCUUGGAUGCCAUUGAGAAUGAAACUUCCGGAACCCUGAAAGACUGUUACAUCUCACUGGUGAGAUGUGCCAAGAACCCCCAGCUGUACUUCGCCCGGCGACUUAACGCUGCCAUGAAGGGAGCGGGCACAGAUGAGGAAACUCUCGUCCGCAUCAUCGUGGCCCGUUCAGAGAUUGACCUGGAGACCAUUAAGGACAUGUACCUGGAGAAGUACGACGUGCCUCUGAAGGAUGCCAUCAGCUCUGAAUGCAGCGGCGACUUCAAGCGCCUGCUGGUGGCCAUCUGUCACUAAGACAGGCAGACGCAGAGGACUGGGGCCACUUGCACUGUCUUAUAAGCAGAACAACUAACAUUACUUACUUACAGUGGGUUCUGUUGCUCACAAAAGCACUUGAAACUUCGUGAGGUGGUGGGAGAAGCCGAGCAAACUUCAAAUUCAACACUGUGUGUAGUUCCCGUGAGGUAAUUGGAGAAAGAAUUCAGUACAGAAUUCACGUGCGCUUAUUUUAGCCUUUUAGCCUGAAUGCACUCUAUGCAUCCGUGUGUCGUAAACAGUCCGGUGUCUUUCUCCUACGGUUCACUGUUUCAUUGCCCAGCUGGUCUUCGCCAGGCGUUGUCUUGUGCUGGGCUGUGAACAAAAGGCCAUUUUCUGUGUCUAAAAGGUCCGUACGCAGUCUAUUAGCAGAUCUGGCACAGCAUAAAUGUGUCCUUUUCAGGAAAGAAUGAGAAAAUGCAGCGUACGGUGGAACAUUAACCAGCAGAAUGCAAAAGAGUAAAACAGUAAACAUGAGAAGUUGAUCAAUAACCAAAGCGGCGCUCAUAAAAAGUUCUAAUGCCAGUGUUUCUGCUUCUGCACAUUCAACACAUAUGCUUAGUGUUCUAGCUAGAGUUUGUAGUGCUGCAAUUAGAAUGAUUCGUGUUCUAGCUUGAAUGCUUGGUGAUUCAAUUAGAAUGAUUCGUGUUCUAGCUUGAAUGCUUAGUGAUUCAAUUAGAGUGAUUCGUGUUCUAGCUUGAAUGCUUAGUGAUUCAAUUAGAAUGAUUCGUGUUCUAGCUUGAAUGCUUAGUGAUUCACUUAGAAUGAUUCGUGUUCUGGCUUGAAUGCUUAGUGAUUCAAUUAGAAUGAUUCGUGUUCUAGCUUGAAUGCUUGGUGAUUCAAUUAGAAUGAUUCGUGUUCUAGCUUGAAUGCUUAGUGAUUCCAUUAGAAUGCUUAGUGUUCUAGCUAGAAUAUAUAGUACUCCAAUUAGAGUGCUUUGUUCUAGCUAGAAUGCUUAGUGAUCCAAUUGUAUGCUUAGUGUUCUAGCUAGAAUGCUUAGUGAUCCAAUUAGAAUGCUUAGUGUUCUAGCUAGAAUAUAUAGUGCUCCAAUUAGAGUGCUUUGUUCUAGCUAGAAUGCUUAGUGAUUCAAUUAGAAUGAUUCGUGUUCCAGCUAGAAUGCUUAGUGAUUCAAUUAGAAUGAUUCGUGUUCCAGCUAGAAUGCUUAGUGAUUCAAUUAGAAUGAUUCGUGUUCCAGCUAGAAUGCUUAGUGAUUCAAUUAGAAUGAUUCGUGUUCUAGCUAGGAGGUAUAGUGCUUCAGUUCAAAUUCAACACAUUCACUGUUUGUUGUGGAAAAGGUUGUGAGGCACCUUUUCCUUUGCCAGUACUUCCACCCUGAUACCUGAUCACGACUGUUACAGAAACACGCUGUGCACUUUUAUUUGCAUGACACUUGCGAGUUAUGAAGAAUGACUCCGUGCAGCAUAUAAGACAUAUCGAUUCAGAUCGUUCUCACUUUAUUUACAGUUAAUAACACAGUCAGUCACUUUAUAACAUAUAAUCUGUGAAGGAAGGUCACGUGACAGAGCUUCAGCCAUUCUGUCGUAUCAUGGUCAGUUACAGUCUUGUGUCUUUGUAAUACUAACACAAAUAAUAUAUUUUAAAUGUAUUAACAGUAUAUUAUAUUUUUUAUUAUAGACCAUAUUUAGAGAUUUUGUUUAGGCCUGUAGCUUUAGAGGAGGGUAGAUCUCAAUGGCAGUGAAUGGAAGAGUCGAUUGAACGCAGACAGGAAUCAGCUGUUGUCGUUUAAAACACCUGGCACAACGUUUAUCACCACGGCAGCUGGGUUUUUAACAAGUAGUCUAGAUUUUCAAGUGAAUUUUCAUUAUAUCUUGUCAAUAAGUAUGACAAAGCAUGGUGUCUACAUUUUAAGGUAUUGGAAGUUAUUCCAGACAUCAGAUGGGACCAGACGUCAGACCUGUGGAAAGAAACUGAAGACCAAUAACUGCCUGUAAAACCAAUUUGCUUAUUUGGAUAUCCCAAUAAAGUGUUAAUGAUAUGAUA